AUGCGCUUUUUUAUUAUUUUUUCCCUUCUGCGAGCCUAUUUUUUUCUUUUUCAGUCCUUUUGUUUUCCUCUUCUCUCACAUCCUUGCUCUAUAAUCAUGUUGACUUCACCCAACAGCUCGACCUCCAGUGUCUCCUCUGAGCCUCGCUCACCUCCGCAUCAACAACCCACCCGCCGAUCCCCCAUGCCCAUCAAAUACCCCCGGUUUUACUCCUCCCCGGUGGACGAGGACACCGACUCAACCCCUCUACAAAUGUAUGGCCUCGAGCAGAGAGAGCCCUCUAUCUAUGGCAAACCACCCAAGCUCCUCCGCCGAGUUUCCCAUGCCCUCGGUGAUAUUCGGGAGGACCUCUCCCUGGACACGGAGAAGCUGAAACGUCGCUCAACCGUCCUCUUUGAGCCCGUCUCUCCAAGAGAAAUUCCCGUCACAUCCGACGGUCCUCGCUCACGGCCCAUGUCCAUCAUCUCCUUCGACAAUUGGUCCGGCCCAACACGGGGCAUGAGCCAGCGCAUCUCUCGCCGUCUGUCGGUGUUCUCGUCUCGCGGCAAGCCCAUCACCUCCAAGGGUGCAUGCAUUUCCUCGCCCAAUCUGAUCGGGGCCUCCACUCAAUAUGGCAACCAAAGCCAAAACUCCUUCAUUUAA